UUUUUAAAAUAUUCUUUAGACAAUACAAUUGUAGAAAAAAGUAAAUUAAAUAUAGACCCAGAAAGAGUCCAGAGGUAGGAUCAUGUGCCUUGGAGGAUAAAGCAUUCAGUGUCAAUACCUUAAGUAGAUACUGAAAAAAAAAAUUUAAUUACAUAAUUAAUACGUAUGUGGGCAUUUUUUCAUUAUUCCCACGUUAACAUUUCAGAUUGAAGACGCCUUACCCUUGGGUAUAUAUGAAGCAAGCAUGAAAGUACUGUGGACAGAACAUGAAUUUAACAUUGAAGCAAACCAUUUAAAAUUGACUCUGUACAGCUGUCCUGACCAGGCACUAGGAGACUGUACCUUCUGUAAGAAUCUGGAGCUCAGUAAUACUGCAAUGAAUUGUAAAUGGUGCAGUAAUCAAUGUAUCUACAGUCUACACAAAUGUUCAGAUUCGUUAUGUCCAGUCCCAAUAAUCAACAGUAUUUAUCCAAGAGAUGGUUCGAUUGAUGGUGGUACCCAUAUCUCAAUCAAAGGGAAACAUAUUGGAAUGUCAAGAAAACAAAUAGAUAACAUUACUGUUGCUGAUGUACCAUGUGCGAAUGUUUCUAUAAUUGAUCGAAUUGUACAGUGUGUAACGGGACCAAAUUCUGUUUCUGUUGGACCAAUAAUUCUACAUGUUGAUGGACAGAUUAGAGUCAGUUCAACGAAGUUUAGUUAUAAGGAUCCACAACUACUAGGCCUGUAUCCUGCUCAAAUAUUACAAUCU